AUGGACUGUCCGACAUUGCCGAGGUCGGAUUCUAUUGAGGAGCCAUCAUUACGGGUCAGUCUCAGCCUGCAGGAUGCGGGGUGUGAGUUGCAGGACGCGGGUUGUGGAGUGAACGAUGCGGGGUGUGGGUUGCUGGACGCGGGUUGUGGAGUGAAGGAUGCGGGGUGUGGGUUGCUGGACGCGGGUUGUGGAGUGAAGGAUGCGGGGUGUGCGUUGCAGGAUGCGGAGUGUAGGGUGAAGGAUGCGGGAUGUGGGGUGCAGGUUGCGGAAUGCGGGGUGUGGGGUGCAGGAUGUGGGGUGCAGGAUGCGGGAUAUGGGGUGCAGGAUGCGGGGUGCAGGAUGUGUGUGCAGGAUUCGGGGUACGGGGUGCAGGAUCCGGGGUGUAGGGUGUGGGGUGCAGAAUGCGGGUUGUGGGAGUGCAGGGUGCGGGGUGCAGGAUGUGGGGUGCGGAAUGCGGGAUAUGGGGUGCAGGAUGCGGGGUGCAGGGUGUGGGUGCAGGAUGCGGGGUACGGGGUGCAGGAUGCGGGGUGUCGGAUGAAGAAUGCAGGGUGUAGGGUACAGGAAUACAACCAGAUAUUCAAGUUUAUUUCAUACUUAAAGCAGUGA